AUGGACGACCGAGGUGCUUAUAUAGAAGCAGGGCCCCAGGUUGGCGACAACAGGAAGAUGAAGCAAGUCGAUGGGAUCGAGGAGCAAUGGCCGACAGGGCCUAUGGAAUCUUGGGACCCUAAGAAAGUUCAACACCUCAUUUCCCGCUCGCCUCCCCACCGACCCUCCCCCUUCCCCGCCUACCUUUCCUCCUCCUUCCCCUCCUCCCUCACCUCCUCUCUUUCCUCCCACCUCGCCCUCCUCCUCUCCUCUCUCUCGCGGUACGCGCGCGCGCUCGACGCUUGGUGGGGCACGGUGGCCGAGGAGACGUUUAAUCUCUCCGAGGAGUUUAAGUACGUCGGCUGGCCGGGCAACUAUGGCAAGGCGGCGGGCGGAUCUGCGGCGGGGAGCGCAGUGGGCGCAACGGGGGCGUCUGCGGGGGAUGGGGGAGGCGCGGGGAUGGGGGUGGGAGGAGGGGUGGGAGCGGGAGUGGAAGGGGGGGUAGCGGGGGUGAAUUUGUGGCGGCGGGUGAAGAAGUAUCGACACUUCGUGGCUUUCAUGGCUGUGGUGGCAGCAGUGAACGGCCUCUUCUCUCUGCUCCUCAUCGAUUGCCUCCUCUCUGGUGCCUGCAUCCCCCUCUUCCACGACUGCCACGCACACCCUCUCAGCCAUGCUGCUGCCGCUCUUGUAACCUAUGACCUGUCAAAUAUUAACCACACUCGCCACGCAGCAUCCCUCCGGUCCCUCCACCAACCCCACUCCACCGGUUUCCACCACUCUGCACACAGCAGCAGCAGACAAACUCUUUUGCAGCAGCAGCAAGACGGGCGUCAGUCUGAGGAGGGGUAUCAGGAGAGGCAAGGAGGAGAGGAAGAAGAGGGCCUAGAGGACGGACCAGACAUGCCCGUACAAAAUGAUGGGAAUAAGGAUGGGAAUGGUGGGAAUGGUGGAAAUGAUGGGAGUUAUGGGAUUGAUGAUGAGAAUAGUGGGAGCAAAGAUGGCGCCAGUCGCCUGCACCGCAGCAGCGCGGGCGUGUGGUUCGACCGCGAGGCACUAGAGAGUGCCCUGGCAGGGGACUUAGGCGGGCAGGCCAUACACGCUGCCUCUGACCUGUCCAAGGUCAACCUGGGUCUCAUGCACCAGUGUUCUGCUGCGGAAGAUGGGGGUGCAGGUGCUGGUGCAGGUGGGGAUGCACAUGGGGAAGACUCGAGUAUGAGUAUUACUGGUGGGAGUGGGACUGGUGGUGAUAGGAGCAGCAGCAGCAGCAACAGUGAAGUUGCAGACGUUGAUUCCAUUGCUGAAGCGCUUUAUGAGAAGAUAGGGGGGUUUCUGAGUGGGGACGAAAUGGCUUUCUAUGCUGCCUCUAGUGCCUCGCAAGGAAAGCAAGUCUUCCGCUCAUCUGCCCUCUCUCCGCCACCCGCCCUCCCCUUGGCCGUCGUCCUGCCUUCGGCCGGGCGGCAGAGUGAGUUCGCUGACCUGGCAGAUGCGCUGAAGCUAGGAGCGGCCAGGACACUGCAGGCCCAGGCACAGAUAGAACUGAACGGGGACGUGAAGAGAUUAAAGACGUUCUUUAAGGAGAUGAGGAAGCGGACAGGAAGGUUCCACCAUGUGACUGUGCUGGCCAGUGAUGGGCAAGGAGGAGGGAUAAAGGAAGGGGAGAGGAAGACAGGGAGAGAUGGGGAGAGGGAAGGGGAUGCAGAUGGGGAUGGAAACGAGGAGGAUGAAGGGGAGAGGGAUGCAGGGAUGGCGAAUGCGGAGGGUGUGGCAGAGCUGGUGCGAGCCAUGAUGCCCAAGCUCACUGUGGAUGUUGUGAUGCUGUCCAAUCGCUCCUUCAUUGAGCAAGUCGCCAUCAUGAAGCGUACGGCUCUACUAAUUGCCAUGCACGGCCCAUCCCUCGCCAACACCCUCUUCCUCCCGCCCAACGCCACGCUCCUCGAGCUCUUCCCGCCGCACCUCCACUCCCCCCACCACUCCUCCCUCGCCGUCGCCUCUCGAGUCCACUACUACAGCUGGCACAACGCACACCCUCUCAACACCACAUACACCACAGACUGCAUGGCGCGAGGGCAGUAUGCGCUGCUGCCUGAGGCCCUGUGUGCGGGGAAACCGGAGUGCCUGGCGUGUGUGAGGGACCGGUCGGUGACGGCCGUGCAUCUGGGGGAGCUGAGGGGCGUGCUGAGGAGGAUUCAGCAGCCGCUGCGGUCCUUCUUCCUGGCUGACUCUGUCAAGCACAGACACCGGCGGAGAGGCAUCCUGUAUGGAUAA